CGUCGAUCUACGUUGGAAUAAGUUGGUGCAGCUGGAUGGCCCUCUCUUGCUGCCGCGCUACUUUGAAAAGCUCUACUUAGCUGUUCUUUCAUAGGUAAUCCGUGGAACUGCACGCGUAAUUUCAAAUGGCUUUUGAUACCUGAAAAGGGCGCCAUGGUCGCUGAUCGUGAUGAGAUUAUAUGCGCCGAUAAGAAGUAUAAGGAGCGUCAUAUGUUGACUGUGAUGAAUUAUAAAGUGAUGCUCCGCUCAGAAUGUCAAUCUCAUGAGGAUUUACAAAAUUGUACCUGCACAAUGCAUCAUAUCAUUCCGAAAACUCACAUACCGCUUUAUACCAUCAACUGUAGUAAUUUAGAAUUUCAAGCGAUGCCCAACUAUAUUCCUGAAAAUACAACAACAGUAUAUCUGAAUGAUAAUGAGAUCACCGAUGUACUUCCAUUGCGCAACAAUCCCACUUAUCGCCAUGUGGUGGAUGUACAUUUGGACAACAAUCGCAUAGAGAGCAUCGAUGUGCUAGAGGGCGGCUAUUGGUUCGAGCACUUUCGCUUGCUUAGCCUGCGCGGUAAUAAGCUGCAAAAGAUGCCCGUCUAUGCGCUUGAUAACGCGCUCGACGACAACCCAAAUGCGAAUCUGUUACUACUCAGCGGCAAUCCCUGGCAAUGUACUUGUAUCUUCACAAUGCGCUUCCGCGAGAUACUCAUGAAAUAUAUUGAAAUUAUGCGUGAUGCUCUUAAUAUCACGUGCACCUACAAGCAUAUUAGUCCAAUGCGACGUGCGAAUGUGCUCGCGAUUACGCGUGAGGACGUCUGCAAACCGGAGGAAGAGCCUAAAAUUUAUCCACUGGAUUUACUAAAUGGUGUUUUGGCCUUUCUGAUAGUCUUUAUACUAAGCAAAUUGGCUUACGACUAUUAUCACUAUAAGAACUAUGGACGUGUGCCUUGGAUUGUAAUGAAGUUGCCAUAAAUGAUCUGGACUUGUUUAGGGAAUGUAUGAAUCCUGUGAAACAUAGAAAAUCUCUCUGUUGUGAUUGAUCGCAGUGUUGUAUUGUUGUGUACUUAAUUAAGUUAAGUUAGAUUUAACAGCCUAAUUCAUAGUCAAUCUUAAGUUUUGAAACAAGUGUGAUUCUAAAAGUAUUCCUUACAUAUGUAUAUACAUACAUACAUAUAUUAUGUAUGCUAUAACUAAGUAUGUAUAACAAUGUGUUCCAUCUUUGUCUCGGAAACCGACAUAGUUGUGAGUUGCAAUAUACUUAUCAGACAAUCAUAAUUUUAAUUUAAAAUUAAGCUGUAAAAAUCUGUAUAUAUAAAAUAAAGCCCAUUUAGUUAAACCAUUUA